CAGAACAUACAUUCCAUUCAAUUGCAUACAACCACUCUCACACAAAACAACCGUGCUCCUCAAUUGCCUCGUAGACGGUUCAUUUAGCCUAUCACAAAAUGCUUAGCAAUUGGACCAAUUCCUACCCCACAGUGCAGAAUGUUGGAACUAUCAAAGUACAACCACCAAACCCGGCUUCGGCUUCUUCGAUACGUCCCAUACGUUCCCUAUCUCUCGCUUUUGGUCAGCGGGGGGCCCGUUCCGCAACUCUAUUGAUUACCCCAUCCGGCCUCAACAGCGCCUUGAAGGACACGCAAAGAGAACCAACUUUGUCUAUGUGCACCUCAUUAUUACUCACAGAGAUAAGCAGAAGCCUCCACCGAAAAGCAUAGCAAAAGAUGAACGUAGGGACCAAAUAAGCCCCGUUGAAAAGCAGCGUUAUCGUUAAAGCGUUGU